AUGGCCGAGGAGGAGAACAAGCAGCUUGCAUCGCUGGAGACCGGCGAUGAGUUCGAGGACUUUCCUGUUGAAGACUGGGAAGCCGCUGCUGCCGACGGAGGCGACACUAAUUUAUGGGAAGAGCAAUGGGAAGAUGAUGAUCAUGCAGACGACGACUUCAGUGUUCAGCUCAAGGCCGAGAUAGAAAAGCGCAAUGCUGAGAAAUGA